AUGUGGUUUUUUGGAUCGAAAGGAGCAUCUGGAUUCUCGUCUCGUUCCACAGCAGAAGAAGUUACACAUGGAGUUGAUGGAACUGGCCUCACUGCCAUAGUCACAGGAGCUUCAAGUGGUAUAGGAGUAGAGACAGCGCGUGUUCUUGCACUGCGUGGUGUCCACGUGGUUAUGGCUGUGAGGAACACUGGCUCUGGUGCUAAAGUUAAACAAGAUAUUGUGAACCAAGUCCCUGGGGCUAAACUUGAUGUCAUGGAGUUAGAUCUCAGCUCAAUGGAUUCUGUCAGGAAAUUUGCAUCUGACUACAAAUCUACCGGUCUUCCACUCAACCUCUUGAUCAACAACGCUGGAAUAAUGGCAUGUCCUUUUAUGCUCUCUAAGGACAACAUCGAGCUCCAAUUUGCAACCAACCAUUUAGGUCAUUUUCUGCUGACGAAACUUCUGCUAGACACAAUGAAGAACACAUCACGUGAAAGCAAAAGAGAAGGAAGGAUCGUUAAUCUAUCUUCAGAAGCUCAUAAUAGUUUCCGAGCUUAUGGUCAGUCUAAACUCUGCAACGUAUUGCACGCCAACGAGCUUGCAAAGAAACUCAAGGAAGAUGGAGCCAAUAUAACAGCAAACUCACUCCACCCAGGAGCCAUUGCGACAAAUAUCGGGCGCCACUUAAACAUCUAUUUUGCUGGAGCUGUUGGUGCAGUGGUUAAAUAUGUUCUCAAAUCUGUUCCGCAGGGGGCAGCAACAACAUGCUAUGUGGCAUUGCAUCCUGAGGUUUCAGGGGUUACAGGGGAAUACUUCUUAGACAGCAACAUUGCUAAACCAUUACCACUCGCCAAAGAUUCAGAAUUGGCCAAGAAAGUUUGGGAUUUCAGCAAUAAGCUCACCGAUUCGCAACCAGGAGAAAGUAGUUCUUGA